GGCGAAACCACCGAGUUUGGAGUCACUUCCUUCGACACUUAAGUCGGUAAAGCAUUACCUGAGGAUAGCUAACGAACAUGACCAGAAAAACCCAGUCAUCUCUUACUACUGUCGGCUGUAUGCCAUGCAGAAAGGAAUGGAGGCUGACAGAAAGUCCCCAGAGGGUAGAGCCUAUCUGGUGGGCCUCAUGGAUUACUUGGAAAAGUUUAAAACUCAGUAUGCUGGUGUGGAGGCUGUACAUAAUGAAAUAGUCGGUCAAGCCCACUUUGAGGACUACGCACUGAAGGUGUUUCUGUAUGCUGAUAAUGAAGACCGAGCUGGCAGAUUUAACAAAUCAGUAGUGAGGUCGUUCUUCACAGCAGGUCUUCUGUUUGAUGUUCUCAGUGUAUUUGGAGAGUUAUCUGAAGAUGUUCAGAAAAAUAGAAAGUAUGCUAAGUGGAAGGCUACGUAUAUCCACAAGUGUUUACAGAGUGGAGAGCAGCCUGUGCCUGGCCCAGUUGGAGGUGAUGAUGAUGAAAUUAUUGCUCCAGCUGUAGGAUUUGAGGGGGUACAGCCUGGCCCUUCCCACUCCUACCCAGACCCCACACGCAGUUCUUUUCCUGACCCCAGCAACCAACCUUCUUCAAACAACUACAUGCAGCCUCCUGCUGGAACAAAAGCCCCGCCCUCCACACCACAGGACCCCACCCAGGGGCUGACCGCAGAUGGAUCUGCCUCUGGGGGAUCUGCCUCAGGAGGUGUGUCCAACUCAACAGACUGGACGCCGCCCCCUAAUCCAGCCGGUAUCCAGCUCACUGCAACUCAGAUGCAGAAAGCCAUGAAGUACAGUAACUAUGCGAGUAGUGCUCUGCGAUAUGAUGAUUCUAAAACAGCCAUUGACUACCUGACAAAGGCAUUGAAGCUGCUGACAACUGGGGUGGAUACAGGGAGCUAACUCUCCGGUGGCAAAUUUUUAUAUCACUGUUUUAUACUGAAUUAUCUUCUCCUGGAUGUACUAGUAUUGUCUCAAAAUGCUGGACUUUCCAUUAUGUAUAUAUCAGUGAUGAUAAAGCUGUGGGAAUCCUCUUUAGUCAGUGUCUCUAGUGUCAGUUUGUGUUACAAGAAAUUCAUGUUAAAAGGCUGGUGAAAUCAUUUCAGGCCUUGUAGUUCGCAAAGCUGGAAAAGGAGACACGACUUUCUUUCUCUAACUAAAUAUGUGCUCUGUGAUAGUGAGCAACAUUUCUCUGUAUGAAUCUUUCUUAACCCAGAUGUCCAGAAAACUGAGCGAACAACUUAGUGUGUGUGCAAAUAGUCACUACCUGUGAUUUCAAAUUAUGUGUUAUUGAAACACUAUCUUAAUUCAUCAACCCUUUCGCAUAUGAAAGAUAAAUUUCAGUGCAAUUAUGCAAACUAAAAUAGUCUCUUUAAAGGGAUACAGAAUCGAUGCUGAUUGGUUAACAGUGAGGAUAGGGUUUCCUGGGUUAAACCCUUAAACUUUGAUCACGUUUGAAUUAAUCUGCGAUACCUAAAAUCAGCUUAGUCGAAGCAUAGCCUGGAUUUACCUGUCAGAAAAGAUUUUGUAUUCCUUUAAGUAAUAUUACCUGUAGAGAAGGUAGAUCAUUUUAUCUCACUAGGGUAUACAUGUAAAUAGAUAAAUAUCUUUGCAUAACACUGCGUUUCUUUCUGUGGACACCUACUGACGUCUGUAAAAUGUAAGAUAUUUUCUAACUUGUACCCAAAAUGCAGCCCAGACAUUUGCAAGGUGCUUUAAAAAUUUCAGCUCCACUUCUGUAUCCUCUGUUAUCUCCAAUAAUUUAAUCAGGAAGUGACAUACCAUAUGUAGACUUAUGUGUCUUGAUGUGAUUUUACCUGUUGUAGGAAAUUGUUUCCCUGUAAAUAUAUUGUGCUUCUUAACUAAAGCAGUGCAGUAUGAUGGGAUAGAAGAGCUGUAAAGUCAGUGCCCCCCGUAACGCUCUCUGUGUUAAAUAUGGCAUAAUUAAUAUAUACUUAUAUAAAACUGCAUAUUUGCCACUUUGUUAUAGCUGCUUGUUUUCCUUCCUUCCUGAUCUACAAAAUGCCUUUGUAAUGAUUACUUACACAUCCCCAUGUAUAUGAUUGUGUACACGUCUUGUCUGUGAUUGUGUACACGUGCCCUUGUGUCUGAUUGUGUACACAUGCCCUUGUGUCUGAUUGUGUACACAUCCCCUUGUGUGUGAUUGUGUACACAUCCCUUUGUAUAUGAUUGUGUACACAUCCCCUGGUAUGUGAUUGCGUAUACAUCCCCUAUAUUAUUGUAUACACAUUUUUUACAUGAUUGUGUACUUGGACACAUCCCCAGCCUCUUUCAAUAGCAUUACCCAUGUCUAUACUGAAUGUUGUGCCGUAUCCUGUGUUUCUGGUGAAAAGUGAACAAUAUCGAUUCUCUGUUCAGCACUAAACAGUACAUUGUGCACAAAACCUUAGCACAUGACAUUCACAUCAGCUUUAAUGUAGCUGAAUCUACCAAAUGAAUACACACACUGAUAUAUCACUAUGCUGAAUGUGGUGAAUGUGAUGUACAUCUAUUUUAUUUAAUAAAUGUAUUGCCA